CCAAUAUCCAAUAUAACCCAAAUAGUCCGACUCGUAAAGGGGCAGAUCUGGUGGUCACAUGACCCGUCGCGAACAUCGCGUCUCAACCUCAUCACAGUCCAACACCAGCCAACACAAGCCCAUCCACUCCAACAUACCAUGUCGUCAUUCCUCAACUCCCUCCGCCCUGGCCUGCGCAUGGCCAAGACGGCCACCCAGACCGCCCGUGCCUUCAGCUCCUCGCCCGCCCACGCCCUCGCCCGUCUGACCGUCACCGGCCGCCUCGGUGCCGACCCCGAGCUGCAGGCUACUGCCUCCGGUCAGGAAAUCAUCAGAUACGUUGUCGGCUCUUCCCACGGCCCCCGCGAUAACCGUCAGACCAGCUGGUUCCGCAUUACCAGCUUUGCUGAGGGUUCCCAACGUGAUCAUCUGCUUAGUUUGACCAAGGGAACACUCGUCCUCGUUGAGGGUGAUGCCAGCCUUCGCACCUACGACGACGCCGAGGGCAAGUCCCGCACCGGCUUGAACGUUAUUCAGCGCUAUAUUGAGGUCCUUAAGCGCCCUUUCAACGCCGACCAGGAAUCUCAGCAGUAG